CAUCAGUAAACAAUUUAUUUCUAAUCAUUUCGUAUACGGUAGGGUGGAAAUACAGUUGGUUUUAGCAAGAGUCAAAUAAACUUUUCAACUCAUACAAUGUCAUACAAUUGGGAAUCAAAUUGUGGGUAUAAGCCUAUUGCUCAAUGGGUUCGUGUAGUUGAUGGAAACAUUCCAAACAAAGCAAUCGGAGGGGGUCAAGAUUUAUCUGGCGAGAAUUUAUACGUUGGUAGAGUAGAGCAUCAGGGCGAUAUUAUUCCAGGCAAAGUAGUUCCAUCACAAGGAAUUUGCUUCGUUCCUUACGCAGGUAAGGAGCACGGCAAGUCUGAGUACCAAGUUCUUAUGACCGAUGAAGAUAUUGUUUGGACGGACGCAAGCUACGGAGAAAUUCCGACUGGGGCUAUUCAAGGUGGUGUUACCGUUGACGGUGAAAGAUUAUAUAUUGGUAGAGUCAAACACAUGGGUGCUAUGUGCGUCGGCAAAAUUCAUCCCAGUCAUCAAGUGUGUUUCAUAUCCUUUGACGGACGAGAAUUCAGCUACAGUUUAUAUUCGGCAUUGUGUGUAAAGCACAUCCCUUUGGUUCAUUAGAGAUCAACACAGGACAAGUGACCAAGCUAGAGCACAUAUUGUUUUAUUAUUCCAUAUUAGUAGGAAAACCCGAGGCUGUAUUCUUGGGUAUACCACGUAUACCACAUCAUAACGGCAGUUACAAUCAUUGCGAUAGGUGAAUUUUUUUGUAUGCAAAUUCCAAGGUAAAUAGAGUGUGGAGGUAAUGGCAUUCAGACGCGUGGUGUAGUACAUAAGUUCGAUUACACUGACAUCUUUUAAUAAAAUGGUUGACUAUGAUUUA